AUGGCUGACGAAACACAGGUUGCGAAGCAGGUGGAGGAGCCCACCGUCACCCAGCAAGUAGACGUGGAGCCUGAAAACCUCAAGGAUGCCAUCCGCAUUGUCGUUCGCAAGUCAAGGGAGGUCAACGGUCUGGUGCGCGGCCUUUCAGAGGUUGCUCGCGCCCUGGACCGCCGUACUGCCUACAUGUGUCUUCUUGCCGCAGACUGUGAGGACGAGGAAUACAAGAAGCUCAUCAAGGGCCUUGCCACCAAGGCUAACAUUGACUUCGUGGAGGUGGAGUCACGUGAGGAGCUUGCAGAAUGGGCAGGGCUUCAGAAGCAGAAAAGCGAUGGCAGCGUUAAGACAUUCAAGUGCUCGUGUGUCGCCAUUCGCGACUUUGGGGAGCGCACAAGGGCCCUCAAAAUGCUGUUAGAUCAGCUAGCAGCAUAG